AUGCAAUUUGAUUCCCCAUUUUAAUCAAUAUAAUCAUAUUUAAAUUAACAUUUAUUUUACUCUUAUAUAAAAUUUCGAUUUGAUGUAGAAGCACAAGACAAACAAUUAUCUUCAAAUAGACCGCUACAGCUUAGACAAGAAUAAUGGCAAACUUUAUUAAAUAAUGAAAUUACCAUUUAAUAACAUGGAUUACAACAUUUUAUCUGCAUCGUAAUUGUACUAAAAUUUUAAAUCGUAUAUUUAAGCAUCAAGUUGGCAAAUUUACUUUAUUUUCAACAAGAUUCAAUUCAUUAUAAAUUUAAAACUAGAUUAAUUGUCCUCCAUCAGCAACUUUUGAUCCUUAUUCAAACUUUAAAAAAUGCCAUUAUUGUAUGUAUAAUAAUUGAUUUGAGCUAUAAUCCAUUAUAAUAUCUCUUAUCAUUAGUUGAAUACUUUUUGAAAUACCAUUUUUUUUUUAAUUACUUGUCAUAGGAUCUCCAACUGGCGCUUGAAAAAUGUUACUUGACACAAUCAGGCCAGAAUAUUCGGUAUUUUAUUUUUAAACCUCCAUCAACAACUUUCGAAAAAUCAUACUUUAUCCAACCAGAAAUAUAAUAUCUAUUUCCUAUUUGGUUAAUUGUUGAAGUUAAUAAUGUAUCUCCUUAAAAAAAAUUUUUAAUCCAUUCACUAAAAAAACUAUUUACUCUUCUUAAAUCUAUUUUGGAACAACACAAAAUUAAAGAAUAUAGUCAAAAAAAUUAAAUAUCAAAUAAUUGAAUCUUUUAAUGAAAAGCUUAGAUAACCUUCCAUUAAAAACAUUUAAAUUGAAACUUUCAUCAAUUACUAAUUUGAGUUAAUUCUGAACAUUUUAUCUGCAAAAUUGUAUGUAAUAGUGUUUAAGAUCCAAUUAGCUAUGUACUUUUAGGGAGAGUAUACAAAUUAUAGAAUUAUUGAGGGAUUGGUAAAGAAAAUUAUAUUAUGAUAAGCUAGUUUUGUUGUUCUGCUGAAUGAUGCAUAUCCAAGAACAAAGUUUUUGAGCCACUUUUUAUUAAAAAAAAAAUUAUUCGUUUUCUGCUAUUUGAGGAUUAAACUCUUUUUCAACUUAAAAUACUUCUUUUGAUGACUACAGUGGAAUCCUGUAACUCCAAAAGCCAAAGCCAAUCGAAUCUCCAUCUGUAUUUU